AUGGUUAACGUAUUCCAACGCCUCACUCGACGCCGAGCCCAAAGCUCCGGCAGUAAUCCAGCAGACAUAGACGCAGAUUCUACGGGUCCUAAUUCCGCAACAUCUCAUCCACACGGAAUACAUCGAACAGUGAGCACCAGCUCCGGUAAACGCAGCUGGCGAUAUGAAGAGCGAGCACCCCGACACCUACUUCUGAUUUCCGACACCAUGGCGUUCGAUACCCACGUAGUCCACCGCUUCCAGGCAGAAGGAUUCGAUGUGAUCUAUAUCCCAUUCCUCGGCAGCGGGGAUGAGGAGAAGGACACAAAAGCGCUGACGAAGGUGGUGCACGAGAAAGAAGAUGAACUCGAGAAUGGAGAGCGGUAUGCGAUAGUCGCAUAUCACCGACCCGCCUACCUCCUCCUAGCCCUACACCACACAGUAUCAAGCAACACAAACCCAUUCCCACACCUAUGCGCCUUGAUAGCCUAUUAUCCCCUCUCUUCAACAGACCAGUUCACCUACAGGGAAAAAGAAAACUGUGAAACGCCAGGCUGCUCAGAUACAAGUUCAAUCUUUGGCCCAGCCUCCAAGUCGACAUAUCUCCCCAUCCAAGUUCACAUUCCAGGCCCACGAGUCCAGCCCUGCGCGCUGUGGCCAUGGAUCGGUAUUAGUGUCCUAGAAGGAGAUGUCACAUACAAGAAAAAACAUCGAUGCUACGUGUACACGUACCCGGGGUCCAGAGCCGGGUUUGCCGAGCGGGAAAUUGCAGAAGAGAAAGAAGGCGAGGUGGAUUUGCAUUUGAACGUCGACGAUGAAAUCAGCUCGCAAUUGGCGUGGAGUCGCGCGCUGGGAUGUCUACGGCGCUCGUUCAAUAUCGGGAGUCACUGGGCGGUUGCUGAUAUCGAGACUGUCUGGGAAGAGUAUUGGGAUCGUGUGACUGGGGAGCUGGAGUUGCGGAAACGGAAUCUUGAAGGUUCUGGCUUUGAGCCCGCGGUUGCGAUGUUGACUGGCCAUAGCCAUUAUGGUGAGAUGGGAUGUCCCGCUGGUGAGAUUUUUGUCAAGUGUAUUCCUACCGAUGCUGGAGGCUCUGAUAUCUCAACCUUGAGAGAUUUCUUCGCUAAUGCGUACAUCCCUGCUGGGCCGGUUGAUCAGAAUGUCCGUCUUCUGUCGCGCACUGUAGGUGUGGAUCGCAUCGUGGAUGAGAUGUUGUUUGCUUGUCGACAUACUGCUGAGAUUCCAUGGUUGUUACCUGGUGUUUCACCAACCAAUCGAGAAAUCAAGGUAAUUGUCGUUGUGGUGGCAAGCUUCAGUGGAAGUCAGAUUACCCGCCAGAGUCUUUAUUGGGAUCAGGCUGGUGUGCUUGUACAGGUUGGAUUGUUGGAUCCGGGACUUGUGCCGACGUCAAAAGCCGCUAAAGGAUAUUGA